AUGGUGACGCCGCCACAACGUCGCGCCCACGGCCCUACGGUCCCUUCCGGUCGCCUCCAACCGUCUCCUCCUGGCAGCCGCCAGCUCCCAGGCCGCGGGGACACCUCGAGAUCCCCGCGUAGUCCCGGUCGGCGGCGAAACAACCGCCGAGCGCGCGCGGGUCGAGGCCGGAAGCUGCAGGCCACACCCCGGAAGCUACCGGCCGUGUCCCGGAAGUAACUGGCCGUGUAUGGGACGCUGCCGCCCAAUCACCGGAAGCUUCGGGUCGCGUCCCGGAAGCGCAAGGAGGUGCCGGGAAAGAUGGCGGCCGCAAGCGGGCAGGCGCCUCCGGUGUGCGUGCUGGUACUGGGUAUGGCCGGCUCCGGGAAAACCACCUUCGUGCAGUGUCUCGCGGCUCACCUGCACAGCCAGCGCUGCCCCCCGUACGUGAUCAACCUGGACCCCGCCGUGCACGAGCUGCCUUUCCCCGCCAACAUCGAUAUCCGGGACACUGUGAAGUACAAAGAAGUCAUGAAGCAAUAUGGGCUGGGCCCGAAUGGUGGGAUAGUGACCUCUCUCAAUCUUUUUGCUACGAGAUUUGAUCAGGUAAUGAAGUUUAUCGAAAAGCGACAGAACGCAUCCAAGUACGUUAUCAUUGACACACCUGGGCAGAUUGAGGUGUUCACGUGGUCAGCAUCAGGAACCAUCAUAACCGAGGCCUUGGCUUCCUCUUUUCCUUCAGUUGUUGUUUAUGUGAUGGACACCUCUCGCAGUACCAACCCUAUCACCUUCAUGUCCAACAUGCUGUACGCCUGCAGUAUCCUGUACAAGACAAAGCUACCUUUUAUUGUUGUCAUGAACAAGACUGACAUAAUUGAUCACAGUUUUGCAGUAGAAUGGAUGCAGGACUUUGAGACUUUUCAGGAUGCUCUGAAUCAAGAGACUUCCUACGUCAGUAACCUGACUCGUUCUAUGAGUUUGGUGCUUGAUGAGUUUUACAGUUCACUGAAGGUGGUUGGUGUUUCUGCUGUGUUGGGCACAGGACUGGAUGAUUUUUUUGUUCAGCUUUCUAAAGCUGUAGACGAAUAUGAGAGGGAAUAUCGUCCAGAGUAUGAGCGCCUGAGGAAAACAUUGGAGAAGGCUCAAAAUAAACAGAAGAGAGAUCAGCUGGAGCGCUUACGGAAGGACAUGGGCUCUGUGUGUAUGCAGGGCAACACGCUUGCAGGGUCUGAUGAUGCUUCUGCAAUGGGUCCCUCUGAGCUGAUCCUAACACGAGGAAAUCUUGAUGAGGACGAAGAAGAGAGGGAGAGUGAUACUGAUGACAUUGACCACGAGGUUACUGAGGAGAGCCAUGAAGGACCGGCCUUCAAAAACUUUAUGGAAGAAACACGGAUGAGAUACCAGAGAAGAAGCAAUGAGAAUGAAUGAGACGCCCAGAAAUAAAGGGCUUGGAAUCACUUGAAAUGGAAUUAACAGUAAAGGAGCAGCGUAAAGAAAGCUGCAUGGAAACAUGCAUGAAGUCUGAAGUCCCUGAACAGCUUCCUCUGAUUUAUUGUAUCUUACUGCAGUAACUGUUGGUCGUAUGAGUAGAAGGUUUUAUAUUCAAUUGACCGCACAUUUGGCCGUCUGCUACAAAAUCACAGAACCUUGGGAGUUGGAAAGGGCCCCUGGAGAUCCCCUAGUCCAACCCCUGCUGAAGCAGGUUCCUUCUCUAGAGCAAGUUGCACAGGAAAGUAUCCAGGUGGGUUUGAAUAUCUCCAGAGAAGGAGACCACCAGGUCUCAGGGCAGCCCGUUCCAGUGCUCUGCCACCCUCACAGUAAAGAAGUUUUUUUCAGAUGUUUGUAUGGAACUUCUGUUUUCUGGUUUGUGCCCAUUGGCCCUUGUCCUGUCGCUGGGCACCACUGAACAGAGCCCCAUCCUCCUGACCCCGCCUUUCAGAUAUGAUCAGCACUGAUCAGAUCCCACGCUGGAUUUGACUGUAACCGCUCUGCCCCGCCAGUCCUCCAGGACUUGAUGCCAUCGGUCCAUCAAUCCCUACCAUGCUUGCGUUCGGAAAUGCGGAAGUAGCAUCUCCUUGCUGUAGCCGCUCUGAGCCACCGCGUCCGCUAAUUUCUAUGGUCAAGUCUUCCAGGCGCCAAUACGCAUGCGCGGUGAGACGCGGAAGUGGCUUACCUGCUGCAACCGCUCUGUGCCGCCAGUCUCGAUGGUGGAAGGUCCUCCCGGCCUUAGUAGGCAUGCGCGCGGAAACGGCGUGUUGGCUGUAAGGUGUGUGUGGGGUGUUUGCCCGUGUGUUUGGGCUCCAGGUUCUCCACUUGUAGAUAAAAACUCAGUUUUACUUAAAUGAGGAUAAAGAAUUAUUUUUUGAUUCCUGUAGUGAAAUCUUUCCUCCUCUAAAAAUAUAAAAAAUUUCAAGUAUCAUAACAAAAUUAUUCCAACUAAAACAGCUGUGUAUUUUAAAAAAGUAUAUAUAUAUUUUUAAGCUUAAAAUGUUCUUUCUAUUUCAAUUCUUUGUUCUUUCUAUUUCAAUCCUUCUUGGUAUACCUGUGGGCCACAUUUUAGGCUUGCUGCUAAAAGAGAAACCACUGGGGGAUGUGUGGGUGCACUGAAUGUAGCUGAGUGCAAUGCAGUUUGCUGACAUAGAGCUACUUGCUUCUUAUGUACUGUUCCAGCACUGAUGCCUUGUGAUUCUGAACAGAUCUUGGGAGUUUUCCUAGGGGUCUGUUGUUCCUCUGAUGUUGUUUUAAUAGCGCCUUUCCUUUUCAGUGGCCCUAUAGGAAGCCCAGAGAGUGUCUCCUCUCUAAUCUGGUUUUAAUUUCUUUAAUAAAGGUGAUCAAACAAGUGCUUCUUAGGCAGGACUGAGCUGGUUGCUUGUAAGAUUCAGGACUUCAGAGUGGUAGAAACACGGACCAGAGCUGUGGCAUACCUGGUAUUUCUAGCAGGGAGAAACUGCAGUUUGCCGCUGUCACUGCAGUUAAUAUAUUCACUAAGUGCCAUGAUAUUAGUCAAAGUAAUUGCAUUUAAUCAAGAUGAUCCCAGUGCAGAAGAGAAAAAUUCAAGUGCAGCAAAGCAGGAUCGUAUCGCUUUGGAAGGACUCCAGUGCGAGUGCCAAUAGAUUUAUUUUGCUAGGCACUAAAAGGUCGUUUCCUGACACUGCUGACACAGAACAGAAAGAAUUUUGCCUUAAACAAUUUAGAAUUGUAGGUUGGAGUAAUGGAUAGGUGAGAAUUAUUGGACAGAAAUAUUCGAAUCAUGAGUUAUUCAACAAGAGUUGCUGUUUUAGUAACUCUAGAGUCUCACCAUUACACCUUUAUUGAGGAAAAUGAAUUUUAAGAAGGCCUUUGUGGAAAUCAAUGAAGCAAAGCAGCAACUUGCUAUAGGUUUCCCUUACCAAAGCAAGAAGCAGCUUGAAAGCAGAACAAAUCUUGCACAAAAAUUCAAGUGAAGCAGUAGUGACGGAUAAUAUGGUCUCUCUUCGUGCUCCCUGGACUUCAGCUCUGACUUGAACUCUGUUAAACUUCCAUGUCCAUCUAAGUUACAAAGUGACUUGCUCUGACUUGGUACUCUUCAAAAACAAGUUUCAAGUGCAGAAAAACCCAGAAGCUAAAAGCCAACUCCAUUUUGGUUGAAGACUGGAAAACUAGACCCAACCCUCUGAAUGCAACUGUAUCUUUACCUCCAUCAGCUAGAGUUAACGACACAUUAUUUGCAGCAUCUGAAAGAGCAAUUCCUGCUUGCUUCUGUUGUUUGUGUGGGGAAAAUUCUGCAGGAUAUGAGACAAACAGAGGGUGGCAGCAGCACCUUGAACUCUCAGUGCUGUAUCUAACACCCACAGCCACAGGCAUUGGCAACAGAGCUUUAGUGUAGACUUACAUAAACAGGCUUAAAACCAGAGAGAUCUGUUUGGCUUGUCAAUUAAUGCCUGAUUGUAUGAAUUAUGAUAUUAAUCAUGCAUAUAAUUCACUA